AGAGUACCUUUACUUUGUGUUUAUAGUAUAGUCUUGACGAGUUGAAUCAAAAACGUUAACUUAAGAAUGUCAAUGUUUACCUAAAAAGUUUGUUAAGCCUUCAGCGCCAAAAUAACAGCCUUACGAAGCACAGAUAGUAAUCAGAGCAAUUACAAACUACAUAGCUACCAUAUUGCUGUGCAACAGUCUAAGCUUGUUUCACCUAAUCAGGAUUUGUCGUGACAGUCUUUAAUAAAAGAUCAUAACAAACGUCAUCUUCUUCUGUAUUUAGACUUGAUAACUAACAAGCUGUAAAACUCAUGUUUUGCAAAAAUAUAUUAUUGGAAAUAGAAGAAGAUAGCACAACACAGACAAAUUGGGGUAUAACUGCAAACCAUUGAUCCUUAUUUAUGUAACUGACAUUGAAGAGAAAUCAUUUUUCACUGCAUCAGUUAAAUAAACUCUUUCUGUCUGCGGAACAUUUUUAACUUUGACUAUGAAUGGACUUCUAGAGGUAUGUCAGGCGUCAAGUGUUGGACUUUUUCUCUGCUGCAACCAUUGUUUCAGAAAACAUCAAAAUGACUUCCAUCCCAGUACAGGAAUUAGAAUAUCAUUAUUCUCCUAGUAGAUGGUCUCAUAGAAUGGGUCCAGAUGAAGUCAUCAAUGCUCAUCUUGAGACAACUGCACAAGGAAGCAGAAAUUCUCUUUGGACACUUGACUCUGAGCUGGAAAUUAGUUAUGGAGAUUCAGAACGUCAAAAAUUUGAUAUUUUCUAUAAGAAAAAUGCCCCAAAGAAAGGUGCUCCAAUACUUAUAUAUUUUCAUGGAGGAUAUUGGCAAAUCAAAGAAAUAGGACGAACAACCUCUAGUUUCCCUGCAGUUCCACUAUGCAAUGCUGGUGCAAUAGUUAUACCUGUUGGUUAUGAUCUAGCUCCUGAUGUUUCAUUAGAUACCAUACUUCUGCAAGCCAAAAAAGCCCUACAUCUAGUCAUAAAACUUGCUAAGGAAAGACAAAACAGUGGUAUCUACCUGGCUGGGCAUUCUGCAGGUGCACACAUAGCUGCUAUGAUGUUAAUGGCAUCUCUAUCACAGUAUGAUGCAUUUGAUAGUGACCUUAUUAAAGGUGCUGUACUUAUCAGUGGUGUUUAUGAUUUAAGGCCACUGGUUAAGACAUCAAACAAUGAAGCUUUGAGGCUUUCAGAGACAGAAGCCUGGCGGUUCAGCCCUUUAAAUUUUGUGCAGGAGAUAGCCCACCAGUCUCAGCACCGCCAUGUUGUUGUAGCGGUAGGAGAGUAUGACCCACCAGAAUUUAGAAGACAAAGUGGAGAAAUGGAACAGAUGCUAAGAAAUUUUGGUGUGAAAACUAGUUAUCUUGAUGUCCCAGAUGUUGAUCACUUUAAUAUUGUGGAAAAACUUUCUGAGUCAAAAUAUAUUCUUACUCAGGAAUGUAUUCGACUGAUGGGCUUGUAGCUCAGUUUUCCUCUACUUUUCAAUUAUGUGAUACUUAACCUCAACAAAUUGUUUGCAUUUGAAAGAAUAUAUAUGUUAUAUUUUAUAUGCUAUUUUGUAUAUUAUAUUUACUGCUCUGCUGAUGUACAAGGUAAAUGGUUUAUAUUCUUUUAUUGAUUUAUUUAAACAGAGGUUUAACAACUCAAUAACAAAUAUAUUGAAUAUUUACUAACUAUUUCUAUGAAUCUCCUACUAAUUUCCCUAAAAAAAUUAACUAAGCAUUUAAAAUCCAAAUAGUCACAUGAUUUUAUAAAAUUUGAAGUUGAAAAUGAUCUUAUACUCUAAAUCAUAUAUUUUUUAAAAAUUUAAACUGAAUUUAUUUAUAUGCAAUGCUUUAAUCAUUGUGCAGCUUAAAAUGCUUCUUUCUUUUUUUUUUUUUAUUUUUUAAAACCAUAAAGAUUGUGGUUUGUUUUUAUAUAGAUAAUAAAUACAUUUAAUUGAUCUAUGCAGCUCAAGUCUAUUGAUUUUUAUGAAGAUAUAUGUUUUUCUUUUGUAAUAUAAUUAUGAAAGUAAAAUAUUAAGUUCCCUUUUCAGACCUUUCAGUCCAUGAGCAGAUGACAUAUAGCUCCUUUGUUUGUUUGGUCCCGGUUAGUGAGGUUAUGUCAUUCAAACUGCUAAACAACCAACCCCUUGUACAAUGCCAUACAUACUUACUAUUUAAAAUUAAUUAAAAUUUGUUGAGUUCAGGUGUAUUCUAAAAGUGAAAAGCUCAAAAUUGUUGUCUUCUCCAGGAUUUGAACAUGUAACAUCUCAGUUCAGAUGCCAAGUCUCUUGUUGAAUUUUUCCUCAUUACUUAAAGUACUUUAUUAGCAUUAUUGUAUAUACUCUGAAAAUACUUACUUUAAAUCAAUAUAUUUUUGUAUUAUUCUAAAGUAUCACAUUAAUAGCAAUAUAUUUCUGCAAUCAUUGAUAAUGAACUGUUAGUAGAUGGAUGUAUUUUUUUUCUAUGUUUAAAAAUUGUCACCUUCAUUUUUUUUUCUUUUAUUUGGUUGACAUUUUAUAUGCUAAUCAUUUCUUGACCCCCCCCCCCCCCCCCCCUUCAACCUUUAGCUCUUACUCCAGUAAUUUUCUUUCUUUCCUCUCACCUCCCUCUUUCUCUUACCAUGCAGUUUCCAUCUCAGAUCAGCUCUGGUCUUCUGAGAACAUGACCUUAACCAUCUUCAUCUUCUGUGCUUCAUUACCUCAGUGACUAGCAAAAUUUGAAAGCAUUUAUUUCAUGUCAAUGGUAUUAUCUGGUAGUUAUAUUGUGCUCAUAACAUGUUUGUGCAAACCUUUUAUAACUUGCGCUAUGAUGUUUGCAAUGAUAAAAAUGUGUCUAGAAUGCAACAAUUUGUAUUUUUGUAUGGUGCAGGCUUUUUAAUGGUACACAAUAAAUGUUUAGUCAUAUUUACAUUUUUUUUUUAUGCUUAUCUUGGAUAAAAUAAUCAGAUUUUCUUGAAAAAAAAAAUUACAUUGCCAGUAAUAUGGAUUCAUUAAUUUUUUUUUUCUUAUUUCUUUUUGUUUCACUUAAUUUAAAGAGCUUCUUUAUUGAAUUUAUAUUGUUUUGAUUUAACAUUAAUACUAACUUUUAAGGUAAAAAAAAAUUAUACAUCCAUUUUUUUUAAGUUUUAAAAUGCUUCUUAUUUAAAAAAGAAUUUUAAAAAUAUUUAUUCAUUUAUAUGGUUGUGUAUCUUUUUGUGUUAAGCUUGAAAGAAAUUGUUACAAUUUUGUUUUCAUAUCAAGAGAAUAAAAAUGUUGGAUUUGUUAUUCAUCUGAUAUUAUGAUGCAGUCUUCACAUUCCGUUUAAAAAAAAUUCAGUGUCAAUAUUGUAACUUGCCAUUUAUUCAUUUGCUAGUAUUGGUUGUGCAGAGCUAACAAUUUUUAGCACCUGAAGUUAAUGUAAUAGUAUUUGUUAAUAUGUUGUAUGUUGAUGAAAAUUUUUAUAUUUCGAAUUUAGAAAAAUUAGCUACAAUCAGUAAUCUCAUUCUUUAAGUCAAUUUUUUUUUACUCUAACUUCUGUAUGAUGCAAAUUUAAAACAUCCCCUCUCAGUUUUGCUGUGCCCUAUGGGUCAGAGUUUUAUUUCUUUAACAUUUUAUUAGCAUUGAAAAUCUUAUUCACUUUCUCUGCUUUAUUUUUUUCACGUGCUGAGUAAUGAUAAAUUUUAAGCACCUACUGUGAUAAAAAAAAGAAUCAUUAACUAAAUUACUUUAUUUUUUUAUUCAUUGUUAGACAUUCUUUUUUGUUUUUUCUACUGAAUUCUGGAUGUUAUAUUUAUCUUUCAAACAAUUAUUUGUUUUUCUUCAGUUGAAUCUGAAGUUGAAUCUGUCUACAGCCAAUGAAAAAGAUUUUUCUUAAAUAAUAUUUCUCUGAAUUUGACAAUGUCUUUAUUAACAACACAUAAUACAGGAAGACACAGCAUAAAAGCAUGGACCAACCUCUCUCUUGAUAUCCUGCUAUGCUAAGGACAGUUGCUGAAUCGGAAAAAUGAAAGGAUUUGAUUGCGCAAACUGUCAAAGCACAUCUACAAUGAAAGUCAAGGGACGAAUGAGAUGAAAUACAAACUUUUGAAAAACCAUAUUUUCUAAAAAUCUAAGAAAAAAAGAAAAUUAAUUGUUACUUAACAUAUGCAUUGUAGAUGGCAUCCUUCCAAAUGUCUGCAUUCUGCCAAUCUGCUGUUAAGGUUCACCAUUGGUCUUGUCGUAUAAAUUACAGACGUUACUUCAAAAGAGAAGAUAAUUACAUCAUUUGUGAUCACUGCUGGUAUAACACAUAAUGAUAAAAAUAUUAAUUAAAAACUCUAUCACUGGAUCUGCUUUGAAGCAGUAAAAGACAUGGCAACAUAUGCCUUUUUUUAUGUGCUUCAGAGGUAUCUUUUUUUUGUUUUAGACACCCUGUAUACACUCUGUUGAACACAAAAUCUGUGCAGGUUACAAAGAAUAGUGAAUGUUUUAUACCUUGGGCUACUUGACAUGCUGAUUAUGUCAAAGAUUGAGAUACAGAGAAAUCUUAGAAUGAAAACUUAUAUUGAUUAUUAAAAUAGACAAAAGUAUUCUUCUUGAAUUUAUGUAGUAUUGUAUUGUAAACCUGAGCACCAAAAACUUAUAUUGAUUAUUAACUCUCUCUCUCCUAAUUGAUGAUGCCAACAUUAAUUUGACCCCAUUAAAUCAAAUUGAUUUUUGGAUUUUUAAACUUAAAUUUGUGUUAUCUAAAAAGAGCAUGCGUUCCCCUUUUAAUUCGAUACGAAAUAUAAAUUUUCUGAUAACAAACAAAAAGUUAUUGAAGUUUAAUCAUUACAGGAUUGUGAACUACACAUGAGCAAAAUGAAAAAUUUUAUCGGAACGAGGAAAAUAAUUACGGAGAGAAAGAGUAAAAAUAGACAAGUGUAUUCUUCUUGAAUUUACAUAUUAUUGUAAACCUGAGCACAAAAACUUAUAUUGAUUAUUAAAAUAGACAAAAAGUAUGUAUGUAUUAUUGUAAACCUGAGCACAAAUAGAGUUUCAAUUGCUAUUUAUCUUAAAAUCUUGAUUCUAAUUCUUAACUCUGUGAUCCAAAUUUAGUUCUUUAUUCACUAUUUUUGAAAUACUGUAAAUUUUGGUUACCACAAGCCGGCCAUAUUGAGCCAAAAUAUAUUUUGUGUAUAGAUGGCAAAGUAGCUAAUAAGCUAACUUUAGUUUGCUUUUUUAGAUAAUAAUAUUAAGGUUAUUUUAUAGAAUUAUGUUAUAUACCACUACAUGAAAAGUUGUGUAUAUUCAUUUAGUUUGUGAUAAAUUGUUAUAUAGCAGUCUUCCUGAAAACAUUUAAAUAAUUAUACAUUUUAAAAAAUU